GAGAAAGUGUGUUUAUUGUUAUAAGAAUAAGUUACAGCGUUGCCAACUUAUAAAUCUCUACGUAUCCUUUAUGACAUUUAGAAAAAAGUUUUACCUCGAUGUUUUCCUUCAUUUCUUGACAUUUUGUUUUGCGCAGUAUUUGAUGCCAAUUUUGGUUAAUUUUUGCUAAGUUCAAUCUUGAAAAUGCUUCUUCUUUUUUCACUUUUUUCUACAAAAAGCGGCAUUAUGGUAGCAGUAUAAUUUAUUGGCCAUUGUAGACCGUCUCUUGAAGUAAAAAAGAAGCUGGUUUUGAUAUUCCCACGAAUUUUAUAUUUUAUAUAAUUGAGAGCCUCUAUUGUGUCAUAAUAAACAUCUAAAUUAAAUAUUCUUAUAGAAUUUAAAACAAAAUUAAUAAUGUAAGAAUAAAUUUUCGACUUGUUUUUGUUUACUUAACCUAAAUAUUGAAGUGGCUAACAUAAGCAAACAAAAAAGCUGAUCGGGAAUUUCGAUAUCACAACGUAGAUAACUAAUUCAGUUUUAAAUGAAUAAAUUAUUUGAAAAUAACGAUAACAAAGUACUUAUAAUCUAAAAAUAAUUCAAAACAUCCAUAAUACAAUAUUACGUUUGAAAUAAAUAAAAAACUGAGUGUCUAAGCAAAUGGAAAUUUACGAAUAUAUGCAAUAUUAUGAACAAAGCGAAACAGACUUCAUCCUUGUAAUAUAAGAUGCCAAAUCUCGCAGCACAUCUAAAUAAAUUGUUUAAUAAAGAUUUUUGCAUACUAAUAAGUUUUCCUUGCUAGACAAAUGCCCAUUAUAUUAUAUAUUACUUCAAUAAUUGAUUACUAAAUGAGAAGUAGGUAUGUAAUUUGAAUAAUCAAACAAAUAUUUGUGUCUAUAUACAAGUAAAUCUGGCAACUACGUGUGUCGUAGCUCGAAAAAUGUGCGUAGUAACAUAAAAUGAUGGAAGUGAUACAAGAGAACUAGAACAGGAAAGAAAUGGUAAAGAAAAACAAUGUAUUUUCGAAAAUUUACAAUCACAAAUGAAGAAGAGAGACGCUAAAAGAAUAUUUAAAAUAAGGAUGAAACUAAUUGUGACCAUCUUUGAAUAAACACAAGUUGACAUCUGAUAUACCAUAAAAGAUGUACGAAAUAUCUAUAAUUUGAAGUCACAAUAGUAAUACCGAAUCUAUUUCAAAAAAGGUGAAAGAAAUAAAAAAUAUAGAGCAGGAAAUAAAUGGUAAAUUUAUUUUCGAGAAUCAAAAAUGAAUAAGAAAGACGUGAAAAGAAUAUUAUAAAUAAGGAUCAAACUAAUUAUGACCAUCUUGAAAUAAACACAAUAUGACAUUUGAUAUGAUAUCAUAAAAGAUGUAAGAAAUAUCUAUAGUUAGUUAUAGAUAUAUAGUUAUAUAGAUAUAUAGUUAUAGAUAAAUGUGGAAAAUCGCUUAUAUUUAAAUCAUUGAAUGAAAAGUGCGGAAAAGAGUAAUAAACGAAAGUAUGAAACGCAGGAUUGUUUUGCAAAUGGUGGACGGCAAUAUUCGCCUUACCAUAGGCGUGCUAUAUAAAAAUUAUUAUGUAGCAAAUAAUAUGAAAAAAUAAAUAGAAUUUAGAUUAAUUUUUUUUUACAAAAAAAACUGAAUCUAAUGUUUUAAAAAUUUUAAGAACACUCCAUAAAAACAUUUUCCUCCAAAUAAUGACAUAUUUUUUUAUCUUUAAAUUGAUUGAUAACUUCAUAAUAUGAAACGCAUUAUUUACAAUAUAUAAAGAAGUAACCUUGAAAUUUCUCACGUCUCAAACCAUAUCUCUCCGCUAAAGGAUUCCAUACGGAGCUCGAACGCGACUAGGAACCGGAUAUCCUUUAGCUAGAUGGGCGUGUAGAAACUUGUCAGGAUUCAAUAAAAUUUCCAAUUUUUCGUACGUAAAUAAAGCUACACCAGAUCAACAUCGGCUUUCGCUUAGGGCUGUGAAACGAAACCCUUCUCCACGUCAGUCCUCCAAGGCUUCUCUGGAGUUUUUGCAGCUACCACCAAAAUCUACACCGAUGGCGGCGCCAUUAAGUUUUUUUCUAAACAAACUUUUUUCUGUCUCAAAAUAACGUUGAGAUUUCCGAAUUUUCACGUUAAUUAAUUUUACAUGGAUUGAUGGAAGGGGCGUUUCUGUUUUGAAUUAUGACCUUGAUAAAGGCUUAUCUUUGUUUUCAGAUAAACAAAUGUAGAAAUACUAAUUUUGAUUUGAUUUUAAUUUACUAUUUUUAUCAUCAUGUUACGCCUAUGUCUUGAUCUUGUCAACUAUCAAAAUAUGAAAUUUUUGUUUUGCAAUUUUUAUAAUUAAUAUUACUAGUAUCUAAAAUGUAUAAAUAAAAAACAGUUUAGUAAUCCCUAAAGAUGUAUUUUUAAUAAUGUUAGAGAAGCUGCAAGCUACAUAACUAAUAAUUUUGUUCACAAUCUAAUUACUACUGUUUUAACACUUAAAUCACUAAUCUAAUUAGUCCGAAUCGAUACCUAGAUACUUAAAAACCACUGUAAUAUUAAUUAAAAUUUGCAAAAACGAAACAAAAUAAUUUACCACUUUAAAUUCAAUGAUUGAAAUGAUUAUAAUUUUUUCAAUACUGUCCUCGUUCCUACAUUUGACUUUACAAUAAUUUAAAUUGCUAAUUUACCUCUAAUAUUGAUCGAUUUCCUAUAUUUCAUAUUAAAUUGAAUUUAUAAAAGCAUAAUAAUUCGUUUAUUUUUGUCUAAAACGUUUUAAAUUACCCAAAAUAUUGAAAAUAUUCAACACGACCUACAAUAUUAAAUAACCUCGUAUAUUUCCAAACGAUUGUUAAACAGAGAUGGAACGUGUAGUUUCUUGUAUUGAAUUCCGUUAUAAAUCUAGUUGUUUACAUUUCAUUAAAUUAUGUAUUUACGAUUUAUAAUAAAUUUGGUGUAACAAUUAAUUGAAAAAAAGUAUUUUAUUACUAUUGAAAAAAAAAAAUAAAACCUCGUUAACACCUGAUUAAAAAUUUUUGUUGACACAAUAACAGAUCGUGCAACAAAGCUCGACAAUCUUAUCUAGUUCGUUAACCUGACGUCAGCUGAUUGAAAAAUAUAAAUAACUGUCGAAGGAAGAAGUCAGGUUAGUAUAAUUUUAUCUGCGAAGUGGUACACUACGUUGAAGCUAAACCGUUGCAAAUAUUGUGAAGGUUAUUGUUAUAAAUAAUAUAUUGUUGAAUACUAGAGACAAUAAAAAUGUCUGAAAGUCAUUUCGACGAAUACGAACACUACAAUUUCGAAUAUGACAAACAUUUAUACAGUGGUAAUAGCGGUAAACAGAGGUCCAAGAGAGAAGUCAGCGAACAUACCAAUCAUUUCGAUCCCUCAGGCCAUUCUAGAAAAAUCGCUAUCAAACUUAUGAACGCUGAAUCGAAUAAGAAGAAACAAACUGUGUGAUGAAAGUGAAAAAAUGGCUAAACGGAUAAACUUUAUGAUGAAGUGGAAAGCGAUUUCGAAUCAAUAUUGUACUGGUUUUUUAUGAUAAAAAAUAAUUACUAAUGGAAAUAAAUAUUGUAUUAUUUA